AUGUUGACGACCCAAUACAUCUUGCCUAUCCCCGAAUCAUUGAUUGUGCUAGAAACUCGCCGAGAAGUUAAUGAAAUGGCAGAACAAUACCCACUGAGCACCAUGAACGAAAGGAACGGCGACUGGUAUAUGCUCGAUCAUGAUGGCACCGUGCUAGCUGUCGCCUCGUAUUCUGUGUGUGCUGAGUUGGAUGCCUCGAUUGAGGAAGCAAUGCGGCUAUACGGAAUCACCCCAGCGUUUGACCACGAAGUGAGGGAAAGCGCUGUACCCCAAAGUGGUGAGCAACCAGGCACUGGUCUAUCAAGCAGCUGCGCUCACCCACGUUGUUUUGUAUCUUCCACAUGUCGGGCAUACAGUGGUUGCUACGUGUGCGAGUCGAACCUUCAUAUUUGUGUUUGA